UUCUUCUAUCUCUUAGUGUUCUAACCAGCUAGACAUAAUGGAGAAGAAAAGAAAUCAUGUCUCUCUUACCAUGUUUGCAAUGCUCAUUGGAUUGCUUUCUCAGAACCUUGUAAUACCUGUAAUAUCCACCACUGUUGAAGACCAGAAGAACUACUAUUCUCCAGAUCCACAUGCAGGAACUCCUCCCACAGGUUUCUCUAAUUCUCUGUGCUCACACAGUAGUCCUCCAUCUCAUGGCCAUGGAAGCACCCCACCCUCACAUGGAGGUGGUGGAAGCUAUAAUCCAACCCCAUCAACACCCCCAGGUGGCAACUGUGGAUCACCCCCACAUGAUCCUCCCACUCCAACACCCUCAACCCCUUCAACACCUUCAACACCCUCAACCCCUUCAACACCUUCAAACCCUCCUUCAGGUGGUGGAUACUAUAACUCCCCACCAUCUUAUGGAAGUGGUAGCCCCCCAACACCAAUCACUGUUAGCCCACCAACCACCCCAAUUGACCCUGGCACCCCCAAUAUCCCUUCACCCCCUUUCCUUCCUUCCCCAUCUCCCUUCACUGGCACAUGCAACUACUGGAGGACUCAUCCAGGAAUCAUAUGGGGAUUGCUUGGGUGGUGGGGAACCUUAGGGAGUGCAUUUGGUGCGACUAAUGUUCCCGGGUUCAAUUCUGGUGUCACCUUGCCACAAGCACUUUCCAACACAAGAACUGAUGGGCUAGGAGCACUAUACAGAGAAGGUACAGCUUCUUUUCUCAACUCCUUGGUGAAUAACAAGUUCCCUUACACAACCAACCAAGUCAGGGACAGAUUUGUGGCAUCACUUAACUCAAACAAGGCUGCAACAACACAAGCUCACCUCUUCAAGAUGGCCAACGAAGGGAAAAUGAAGCCUAGAGCUUGA